AUGGCUGCAAGUGAGACCUUAGAAGACCAAGACAAGCUGAAGAGGGGUCUAGUGAAGGUUCUGGAAUGUGUGGCCACCAUCUCAUCUGCAGCAGCGGUGGUCAAUCCCAUCUUCGGCGUGGCUGGUUCUCUCAUCCGGGUGGUGCUGCACCAUGUGGAUGAUGAAGACAUUCAGAAACUCAAACGUGAGUUUGGCAGCGUGACUCGAGCUCUGGACGAAAUCUCACAACAGAACCAGAAUGUAUUGCUUCAGAUCAGGAAGGAGACUGUGGACGGCCUGUACUGUCGUGUAGAAGAAAACAUUCGUAAUCAGUUCUCCAAAUUCAUGGACACUGUGGAGGUAUCAGCAGCACAUGAACAGCGCAAGAAAGAAUUUCAAAUGAGCUUUGUGAUCAACCAGUGUGACCAGAACCUCCACACACUGUAUGGCGGCGUUAUGGGCGAAUCAAAGAUCUUCUGCCAGCCCAUCCUAGAGGUCUACAUGAGACAUUCACAGGGUGACCAGCGUGUCAUGGAAAACCUCUGCACUCGACUCACAUACCUGUUCUGCAUCGGCCUCAUUGCUCUGAUGAGUUACGCAGCGAUUGUCGGGGAUGAUGAGGAAGCUCUGCACAUCGAGUGGGAAGAGAAAAUGAAAGAUGUGGCCAAAAAGAUGUCAGAAGUGUUAAACAGUUAUGAGUGAUUUUACCCCACUAUUCUCAGCCAACUUCUCUUUUAUUUAUCUUUCUAUUAUCUGUUUGAUCUGUCAUUGCCCUAGCAACUGCUGUCUAUCUAGUUGUCUAUCUAUCCAUAUAGCUGUCCGUCUCACUCAAAACACUGUAGCAGCUGAACAACUUAACCCAUUCCUACUGUAUUCCUGCAAAUACUUGCACUUUUGAAACAAGAGUGAUAUUGAACUGUCAUAUAUUAAUGUUAUUUUUUGACAGUGAUGUACAGUGCACUCUAACUGAAUCUGCACAAGCCAAAAUCAAAGUAAUCAUUUAUCUUUAAUGCAAAAUAUUGUUACAAAUCUCUCAUUCCAAUGACAUAUAGCCUUAAAAAUCUCUCUAGAAUGUCAUUUAGUUGGUAUAUUUUUUUGGUAUUGUUUAAUGUAUUCUGCAGUAUUAUGAAUAAACAAAGAUAUGAGGAAUACA